CAAACAACAAACAACAGCACCCAUUCCAACCAACACUGGUAGUCUUCCGUUGCAAAUCAAGGUUGCUUGCUUGGAACUGUAUCGAUAUCAGUGCUAUACAAAUACUCUCGCUAUCCUCCUCACUCAUUACUCACUAAUUACUCACGAUAUCGAGGGAUGAGUGCCGACGAGUCGUUACCGGCGACGGGGACCAGUGGAUGUCCCCAACCGCCGUGGGAAAAACCCACGCCUGCGGAAGUCACGCACGAUCCGCGACUCUGGAUUACCAACUCCUUGACCCGACAAAAGGAACACUUUCUCACCAUGGACGGAUCCUCCCGCAUGGUAUGGUACAUGUGCGGACCCACCGUAUACGCUCCUUCGCACAUGGGACACGCCCGGACCUAUCUCGGUUUCGACAUUAUCCGACGCAUUCUCGAACGGCACUUUGGCUACCACGUUACUCUCGUCAUGAACGUGACCGACAUUGAUGACAAGAUCAUUGAGCGGGCGGCCGAACAGCACGUGGGUCACCUCCAACUGGCGCGUCGCUACGAAGCCGAAUUCCAUCAGGACAUGGCCGAUCUAGGUGUCGCACCGCCCACCACACUCACCCGCGUCACCGAAUACAUGGACGAAGUCACCGCAUACAUUGCCAACAUUAUACAACGCGGAUUCGCCUACGAAUCAAACGGCAGCGUCUAUUUUGACGUACAGACAUUCUCCGACACCCCCCACAUGCACUACUGUAAACUCGCCCCCGAGCAAGUCGGCAACGCCGAACUAUUGGCCGAAGGCGAAGGUAAACUCACGCAAGACUUUGUCACGGACAAACAGAGUCCCCGCGAUUUUGCACUCUGGAAAAAGACCAAACCCGGGGAACCCUCCUGGGAUUCACCAUGGGGACCCGGACGACCCGGAUGGCACAUUGAAUGCUCCGUCAUGGCCAGUGACGUCCUGGAUAGACUCCUCCAACACCGACGCAUGGACCUGCAUUCCGGCGGCGUCGAUCUCAAAUUUCCACACCACGACAACGAAAUGGCACAGGCCGAGGCCGAAUGCGGCGAAACACAGUGGGUCAACUACUUUGUACACGCCGGGCACUUGCACAUUAAAGGACUCAAAAUGUCCAAAUCACUCAAGAACUUUAUCACCAUCCAACAAGCGCUCGAAAUUAACUCGGCACGGCAAAUACGCAUGCUUUUUCUUCUCCACAAAUACAACGCGCAGAUGGAUUACGGCGACAACACCAUGACCCACGCCAUGGAAACGGAAAAACGUUUCGUCGAAUUCUUCCACAACGUCAAAGCGUGUUUGCGGCAACACCGCAUGGAUGAUUCGCAAAAAUGGGAUGCCACCACCAUUCGGCUCCAACAGACACUAGCCGCGGCGAAAACCAAAGUCCACGACGCUCUGCGGGACGACUUUGAUACACCAACCGCCAUGUCGGUCCUCGUCGAUCUCGUGCGGGCAACCAACAUAUACGUGGAGGGCGAUACCGUCGUUAAUUUGGUCGUCCGUAACGUGGCCUCCUAUGUGACGGACAUUUUUCGAACGUUUGGACUCGUGGGCAGCGAGGAUGUGGGAUUUGCCACGGAAUCCGGUGGCGCAAGUCGAGAGGAAACGCUCGGCCCUGUCCUGGACGCUCUCAUGAACUUUCGGGCGGCGGUCCGAGACAAGGCGCGUUCACAAGACGUUGGAGGAGUACUCGACCUCUGCGACGCCUUUCGCGAUCUGCACCUACCCAACCUCGGGAUUCGUCUCGAAGACAAGGCCGAUGGGUCGGUUUGGAAACUGGCUGAUCCGGCGGAACUCUUGCGAGAAAUGGAACAAAAAGAAGCGGAGGCGACGCGACGCGCGGAAGAAAAGGCGCUCAAAGCUUCCGAAGAUGCGCAAAAGGAAGCCCUCAAUCGGCUACCCCCGGUCGAGUACAUGCGGCAAUUGACGCUGGAAGACAAUGUCACGCUCAUGUACUCCCAAUUUGACGAGGAUGGGAUUCCCACCCACGACGCGACCGGAGAGCCUGUGAACAAGAAUCAAGGAAAGAAGGUGCAAAAACUGUUCAAGGCACAACAGGGCAAGUACGAUAAGUGGAUCAAGUCGCAAUCCAACGACGCAUAGAGAGAAUUGUUG